GAGUGUGCCCCGUUGAGACGAUGAUCAGAAUGUUCCUGGCACACCCGGCAACCUCACUGGCACAGCUGUCCUCCACCCGCGUUUUUUUCUGCCUCCUCCUGUGCAUCCCUCCUGUGUGGACCUCCUGCCCCCAGCCCUGCCAGUGCACAGACCACUCAGGAGCCAGGGCUGUGCUGUGCAGCUCAAAGCAUUUGGAUGAAAUCCCGAAGGACAUUCCCAAAGAUGCUGUGUUUGUGAAACUCGAUGCAAAUAAAAUCACCCAGAUCCCCAACAACGCAUUCAAACACCUGAACCACUUGGAAGAGCUGGACCUCUCCAGAAACGCCAUUGAGAAGAUAGACAUGGCAGCUUUCAGAGGGGUGGCAGACGGGCUGCGGACACUGGAUCUUUCCAAUAACCUUAUUCAGAGUAUUCCCAGGGAAGCCUUAGUCAAACUGAAUGCUAAGAUCCGCCUGUCCAAUAACCCGUGGCACUGCGAGUGCGCGUUGCAGGAGGUGCUCUCGGAAGUGAAUUUAGAUCCCGAGUCGGUGAACGAGAUCACCUGCCAAACCUCUGUGCGCGAAGAAUAUGUCGGGAAACCUUUGAUCCAGGUCCUGGACUCUGGCGUCAAUUUCUGUAACAUCCAUCAAAAGACCACAGAUAUCGCCAUGUUCAUCACCAUGUUUGGCUGGUUCACCAUGGUCAUCACCUAUGUGGUGUAUUACGUUCGACACAACCAGGAAGAUGCCAGGAAGCACCUGGAGUACCUUAAAUCACUGCCUAGCACCCAGGUCCCCAAAGAGACCAUCAGCACGGUCCUGUAAUGCCAAGCACCGAGCACCGUGUCAAGAAACGCCUCGGGGGAAGCAAUCUGCUUCUGACCUGCUUGCACAAGCUUUUCUAUGAGAUUUUUAUGUGACAUUUGAUAGAAACAUGAAAAUGUAUUUUGUUAUUAACUGAACCGUGGCCACAAGCUUGUAGGGGAACAGCAGUACCCCUGUUUACGUCACAUCCCAUGCCGUGGCGGGUUACUCAUUGCUAACUAAAACACAACAGGAUAUGUCCUGGCCGCUGCAGAAGGUUAGAGAGCAGAACCCCCUAGUCCUGCCUGCCUCUGUCAUUUCAGAGCGUGGUGUUCCGGAGCGUAGAAUGUGCAGCCAGAGAUCAAAGGUCUCCAGUGUCUGGAGGGAGUGCGGGGAUCCUAAGUUGUGCCGCUGAGCAGUCAGUGUCUGCUCAGCACCAUCAGCAUGAGACCAGCACAGAGGCCUGUGCCUGCAACUGACACAGCCGUGUGGCCUUGGAGCCUAAGACACCAAUAACUGCCUCGGGCUGCAUUUCCCCUGCCCCACCGCAAGUUCCCUGCUAGAGGGAGCCCUCCACACUGAUAGAGGGGUCAGCCACAUUGCAGCACCAGCCCCUCCUUGCCCCAUACAGGCGAGAACGGCUUGGGGAGGGGCAGGUCGGGGAUCUGCCUGCUCGUGCUAUGUACU